AAAUUUAAACCCAAUGCCAAGCGCAGACGGGCGAAGGACGUGAUAUUGCCAGACGGCUAGCAACUCACGCUGUGGAUCUAGUAGACGAAGGGCCUAUCGAUGGAUGUCAUGGCCAACGAGGCGCUCAUAGGCCCUGUCAAGGAGAACAGCAGCAGCAGCAGAAGGGGGAGCUAGCACAGUGCGAGCGAGGGAGGGACGCCCGUCGUGGGAUUUGUGACCACUAGCCGUAUACGACCACAGUGUCUCUUAGUCAAUCUCUGCAGUGAGUGAUAAGCCAUUGCAGCUACCUGGCGGUGGUGCUCAAAGCUCUGGAGAGGAGAUUGCAUCGCUAACUGCACAGCACCAGGGUUCAUAGUGAGUUCUCGGAAAAGCUCCAGCUGGGUUGCGAAGUCCACUCUAUGGCUUCCCUCAGUCACGGCUUCCUUUUCUGCAAGAGCUCACUGCCGAUGCAGCCCUUCGCGAUCUAGUCGGACAGAAAGCCAGAGCUUGUGCGCAAGGGAUUCAUUAUGAGGACAGCAUUGCGUGACUUCCUGGCUCACAUUCACAAACAGCUGCAGUGAGAAGAAGUGAUCGAGUCGUGUCAAGACGGAAUGCGACCUGUCACUCAGUCAGUCAUUCCGUCACGCACAUUUUAUCCAGAAAGAGAAGAGAGGAACACCAUCACAGUUCAUCACUCGCCAGGCCCGGGAUCAUCUCUGCCAAAGCAAAGGCAGCGGCGGAGCGAGUCCACACGCAGGAGAGGAGAAGAGUUUUGAAUCAGAGAGCGACAGGCAAGUCGCUUUGGCAUAGAAUUCCACGGGGAAUCAGAUCGAGAGGGCGUCAGAAACUUUUCCUACCGAGUUGCCUCGGCAGCUGGGACGGAAGAGAUUCAUCAACCGGCCCCUGGACUCUCGAUCAGAUGUUAGAUUGAUAGGAGGCUGGACAUCGACCGGAGGCUGCAAAGCGAGACGCUGCAGGGAAUAGUGAAGCGAGCAGCGAUGAAGACGGACACGGAGGGAAUGCUGGCGCGGUUGGUUUUGCUUCUGGCUGUGACGCAGAGCGUCAUGCUGGUGAUGGGCCAAGCAGUGACGGGAGGCGGAUCGUGGAGGCUGCUGCUGGAGAAUGCGGGCAUUUCCACAAUGCACACGGCCGUGACGCGAUUCAACACGGUGAUUUUUCUGGACCGAACGAACAUCGGCGAGUCUCAGAUCAGUCUGCCCAACGGGCGGUGCCGGAACCAACCGCAGGAGCAGAAGGCGACUCGAGAUUGCUCGGCUCACUCCGUCAUGUUCGAUCCCAGCGCCAACACGGUGCGCCCCUUGUUCAUCUUCACCGACACAUGGUGCUCGUCGGGGCAGUUCUUCCCCAACGGGACGCUGGUGCAAACCGGGGGCGACAACGAGGGCCUGCGAAAGGUGCGCACUCUGAAUCCGUGCCUGGCCAGCGAGACCUGCGACUGGGUCGAGUCCAACAGCACCAGCCUGCAGAAUGGCCGAUGGUACUCGUCGAACCAGCUGCUGCCCGACGGCAGAAUGAUCGUCGUCGGCGGGCGCCAGAUUUUCACGUACGAGUUCAUCCCCAGGAGGGCAGGCGAGGGCACAUUCGAGCUGCCAUUCCUGCGCCAGACGAACGAUGUGCAGAACGACAACUACUACCCGUUCGUGCACCUGCUGCCGGACGGCCGGCUGUACAUCUUCGCCAACCGGGACUCGAUCCUGCUCGACUACGGCACCAACACCGUCGUCCGGACGUACCCGCGUAUUCCCGGCGAGCCGCGGAAUUAUCCGUCGGCCGGAUCGUCGGUCAUGCUGCCGCUGGAGGCGGGCAACAACUACACGGACGUGGAAAUUCUGGUCUGCGGGGGCGCGAGGUUCGGGGCGUUCCACAACUCCAGGGCGCAGUUCGGCGCGUCGCAGACCUGCGGCAGGAUGCUGGUGACCGGCAGCAGCCCGCAGUGGGCCAUGGAGGACAUGCCCACGCGGCGCUGCAUGGGCGAUAUGAUUCUGCUGCCCACGGCCGACGUGCUCAUUAUCAACGGCGCGCAGAAUGGGUCGCAGGGCUGGGGCUUCGCGUCCGUGCCCGUCCUGAACCCCGUGGCUUACGUCCCGGGCAACGCCCCAGGGGCUCGCUUCCUUACAUACCGCGCGUCCACAAUCCCCCGCAUGUACCACGCCACGGCCGUUCUCAUUCCCGACGGCCGAGUUCUCGUCGCCGGCAGCAACACGCACCAGUUCUACACAUUCACGGGCGCUUUCCCGACCGAGCUCCGCGUGGAGGCCUUCUCUCCUCCCUACACAGCGGCCGUUUACAGCUCCCGCCGGCCGAGAUUCAUCUCGUACCCGCACCAGGUCCGGUACGGGCAGACCUUCGCAGUGGUCAUCGGAUUGGCCACCGCCCCGAGCAACGGCACGGUCGUGAAUCUGAACCUGGUCUCGUGCCCUUUCACCACGCACUCGUUCGCCCAAGGCCAGCGACUGCUGAAGCUCGGCGUCACGCCGCCCGUGGCGACCGGCGUGGCCCAGCAGUACAGGAUCACCGUGACGGCUCCUCCCCGCGCGACGGUCGCGCCUCCGUCGUACUACAUGCUCUUCGCCAACAACAAUGGCCUUCCGAGUCGCGCCGUCUGGGUGCAGAUCUCGUAGCUGCUGCCCCCUGCUGAUCUCGGGAUUGCGGCUGUGAGACAUUCUGUCCCUCGUCCUCCUCCCGUUUCCUCUUCUCCCAUCCUUGUUCGGAUUCCGAUCACUGUUCGUCUCCUCCGCUCAUGAUUGGAUGACGCGAGGAAUGUAGGUCCUGACACGGACAGCUCCUGCCUGUGCACUGGAUUCUGAAUCAGCUCGUACAGAUUCAGUGCGUCACUGCGGACCUCUUUCAGGCAUGUGCUGCGGAUGCGAGCGAGAAGUGGCAGUUCAUCGAAGCUUGUCUUGGAGAUAGUGAGCCGUUCCAAUUGAUGUAGGUGACGGCGAAACAUGUGGGACGCAGAUGAUACAAAUCGUUAGCGAAUCAAAACUGAGAUCAGAUGGUGUUCAUAGAGUUCUGAGUCGUCGGUCGAUUUUUUCUAAAUUGAUACGACCAAGGCGUGCACGCUUCUAGUUUAGGUGAUGCUAUAGGUAGAUCACAUUCCAUUACAUUAGAUUAAUGUAGAGUAGUUCACUGACUGUCGAAAGGUCUGGGCCAUAGCGACGCGUGCCUUUACGUUCCUACAUUGUUAAGUCGCGCAAAGCGCGAUACAUUCAUUCAUCAAAAUCGAUAACACCAGGAUCAAGCAGUCUUGGAGAAGCCCCAGGCUUCAGAAAUCAGGCUUCUAUUUGAACUUAUUUGAUUUUCUAGCCGACUUCUCACCCUUCUGUUGUGAAGCAACUCACAUUUCUACUGGACUUCCACUGAGCAAUCACCAACUUUCGGUGCUUGCUUGAGGGUUCAGUUACUAGUGAAGUUGUUGAUAGGAGUCAUUCUGCAGUAACUUUAAGUUGC